AUGUCCCGCUCCGCCGCACAGACGUACGAGUCGCAGAACGACGACCAGCUCGGCAAGCUGCUCGACAAGGUCAAGGCCCUGCGCGGCGUGACCAACGACAUCCACGACGACGCCGAGUCGCAGCGAACAGGCCUGCUGGCAGAUGCUUCCGAGUCCUUCGAUGCCUUCUCCGACCGCCUCUCGCACACCAGCACCCGCUUCACGCGCUCGGUCGUCAACGGCGCGCGCGGACACCGCACCACGCUGUACAUCGUCGCCGGCGUCGUGGGCCUCUUCCUCUUCUGGCACUUCUUCUUCUGA